AUGUGGGGGCAUGGCAUUGGGCUUCUGGAGCUGCAGUGCUUGUGCCAGGGUCAGUGGAUCAGACUUUGGUCACGGUUCGGGUCUCAAGGUGAGCAUUGGCGGCAGGCCAAAGUCGAGCUCCCCGCUCGAGCAGAGAUGCUGCGCUUCGUGCACUCCGGUUUUUUCGGCGACGCCGACCUGGCCUUGGACGCCCUCCUGGCCUGGGAGGCCGCUGCGGCCCCUACGCCCUACCUCAGCAUGUCCGCCGGUAUUUCGCACAAUUGCGCCCUGCUCCAUCACCAAGGUCUAGUGAAGUGCUGGGGGUUCGGAGGAAGUGGGCGCCUGGGCUAUGGCAGUCAGGCAUUUGCGCCGGGCCAGGCUCCCAACGAGAUGGGCGCCGCCCUGCCUGCCGUGGAGCUCAGCCAGCCCGAGCAUUUUGUCCGAGCGACGCAGAUAGCUUGCGGCGCCCGGCACAGCUGCGCAGUGCUCGAAACCGGUGACCUGAAGUGUUGGGGUGACAACCACAAUGGGCAAGUGGGCCAGGGGCCUGAUUCCGGGCAUGAUGAAUUCGUCGGCGACGAGCCCUUCGAGAUGGGAGUGUUUCUUCCGGCCAUUGACCUGGGUGGUGUGAACGUUCUCCAGGUCGCUCCGGGUGAGGAUCAUACCUGUGCUUUGCUCCAGGGCGGGGUGGUGAAGUGCUUCGGAAAAGGUGACAUGCUUGGCUUGGGAGACGCGAUGGACCGUGGCGACAAUCUGGAGGAGAUGGGCACGCAGCUUCCCACCAUCGACCUCGGCACGGACUUUGAAGCUGUGCAGCUGGUAGCAGGGUCCUACCACACUUGCGCCUUGUCUCGCCAAGGAGCAGUUAAAUGCUGGGGCUGGUGGGAAUACCUGGGACUUUCCGAGAAUCUCGGGAGCUACGGCUACGUCGGCACCGGUCCCGGCGAGAUGGGCGAUGCUUUGCCUGCGCUGGACUUGGGAGGAAAUCUCCCCUUUGCUCAGCUAAGCGCCGGUUUCUUGCACACCUGCGCAGUGCGGGUCGAUGGCGUGGUCAAGUGCUGGGGCGAGGGCUCUGAUGGGGAGCUGGGCCAUGGCAGCACGGAAAUGGCAGGGGACGACCCUGGCGAGAUGGGCAUCAACCUGCCCGUCACGGACCUAGGCGAGGGAGCCAGGGCGGUUCGCAUCGCCGGCAGCGGCUACCACACUUGCGCCAUUCUGCAAGACGCAUCCCUCAAGUGCUGGGGCUACGGCGGUCAGGGCCAGCUUGGCCAAGGCAACGCGGAGAAUCUAGGCGACGAGCCUUCGGAGAUGGGCUCUGCCUUGCGUGCUGUGGACGUGGGGCUGCACGGAGUGCGGGGUGUGACCUGCGGCGGCUUUCACACCUGCGCGCUGCUGGAUGACGACAGCGUCAGGUGCUGGGGUGCGAACGAUGAAGGGCAGCUGGGCCAGGGAAGCAGUGUGAACGUCGGGAAUCUGCAGGGCCAGAUGGGAGCGGCCUUGGUGCCCACGGAGCUCUUCGUGGUGCUGUUGGGUGCUGAGGAUGGCCUGGAAGGGUUGAGCCUCCUCCCAGCAGGUGGUCCUCAAGGUCUCUUGCAGCUCUCUCACCAGGGCUCUGAUGGCCUGGUCUGCGACGACGGCUUCGACCAGGCCGCUGCGGAGGUCGCCUGCCGUGAUUUGGGGAUGGCUGGGGGCGAGGUCUUCUCGGAGGAUGCCGGGUUUCCCGGCGCCAUCCUGGCCGACAACAUCAGGUGCACGGGCCAAGAGGCGAGUCUGCGGGACUGCCGCUUUCGCGGCUGGCACGUGCACGACUGCUCCUUCCGGGAAGCUGCAGGCAUCCGGUGCCAGCUGGAUGCAUGGAGCGAGUACACAACAGCUGGAGGUCCAGAUGGACGGCAAGACUCCUCCAUGGUUUGGGACAUCGAGACGCAGUCAGCACUUCUUUUUGGUGGCCAUGCCAGUAAUGCGUUCCUCUACUUUGAAGACCGCUGGCGCUAUGACUGGCCUCAAAGAGCUUGGAGGGAAAUCCGGCCCGACGGCCCGAAACCAAGCACCCGAUCGGGGCAUGCAGCUGUGUGGGAUCCCCAGUCCAGGUCCAUGAUGAUCUUCGCGGGGCGUUUCCUUGCAACCUUCUACAAUGACCUCUGGCAAUUCAACGUCGAGGACGGCUCCUGGAAGCUUCAGAUUGUGGCUGUGCUGCCGCAAGCUCCACAAGCCCGAGCUUACCACACUGCGAUCCUCGACACAGCGGAGAAUGCCCUACUGGCCUUCGGGGGCGAGAGCAGUCAGGUCCUUGGAGAUCUUUGGCGCUACAGCCUCGUCGAGAGGCAGUGGAGCCAGUCCUUGGCCCUGGGGCCAGAAGCCCGCAGCCGGCAUAGUGCGGUGUGGGCGGCUUUGACCCGGCAGAUGCUGGUUUUUGCAGGAUGGAGUGGCGAGCACUACCUGCAGGACCUGCACUACUAUGAUGCCUCAGCAGACAGAUGGGGCGAAGUGCCAGCCGCUGGACAUUGGCCCGCGGCCCGCAACGGCCAUGCGACUGCCUGGGACCCUGUUUCCAAGAGCAUGCUGAUAAUGGGGGGCACCCAGAACGCCAGCGACGGUUUGAGCUACACGAAUUCACUCUACAACUUCAGCCUUCUCAGUGGCUCAUGGCAGGAGGAAGGCUUGCAAGCUGGCCUGCCAGGUCCGUCCGGGCGCACAGCUCUAGCGAUGGUUUGGGACGAGAAGUCCCGUGGGCUAUUCGCUUUUGGUGGCUUCAACGCCUCCUACCUGCAGCAGAGCUGGAGAUAUGCCGCCAGCCAGACCAACCCACCCCUUGUGGUUCGUUGCGAGCUGGGCAGCAACUGCUCCUUUCGCUUCGGGAAUGCCGCGGGCAUUGGCGCUAAGCACGUGUGCUCUGGCUCGGACUUUCUGGACGGACUGCUCUUCGUGGUGUCUGAGGAGGAUCAUUGGAGCCUCGAAAGCCCACAUCUCCUGCUGGAGCCUGGACAGCACCGUCUCUGCGGGUGCGAAACCAGCUGCAGCCAUCCCAGCGACUAUCAGGUUGCCAUCGGCUACUUUCUGGUGCAAGGGCCUUAUUCUGACCAAUCGGCCGAAUGUUACCUAGGCUCAGUCUGCACGAUAGACGCUUGGAGAGGCGUCGGCAUCUCUGUCAAUGACCGCGUCGUCAUGCAGAGCCGAUGCGUGAAUGGGGAGGCCUCCAUCAACUACCCGUGGGAACAUGCCAUUGGCGUUACCUUCAAUGAUACCUACGGCUGGCACUCACUGGAAGUCGGCUUGCUGGACAGAGGGGACAAGCCAGAGACUGUGGAGCUCUGCUGGUGCCCCUCGAGCCGUGCUUGUGGCUCUGCAACGGACUAUCUGGUGGUGGCUCUGCGUUUGGAGAUCCUCUGCCCUCCGGGGGAGUACAGCGCCGGCCAAUCGUGCCUGCUCUGCCCGGCGGGCCAGUUUUGCCCGGGGGGCGUGGAACUGCAGAGCUGCCCAUUCGCGAGCACCUCGGAGCCUGGCGCACGCCCGGCGCCCAGUGGACAGCACUGGUGUCAAGACAUGUCAGCUGUCUUCUCCCCCGCCCUAGGCGAGCUCUCCGACUGCAAGGGGCUCUUCGACAUCUCAGGCGGUUCACAAAGCAGGCAGCCCUGUGGCUCUUUUCAGACCACCGCUAGCGAGAUGUCGCCGGAUACCUCGCACUGUGUCUGCGAGGCGGGCCGCUUUCUGGAUGGAGGGAGCUGUGCUUUGUGCCCUGUCGGGCGCUUCAAGACAGACAUCGGAGACUUCUCGUGCACGCAGUGUGGCGCCGGGACCAGCCAUGGCAACAGCACCGGACGCGUCGAGCCCUGCAGGUGCCGGCCGGGCUAUGGCUUCGAUGAAGAGACGGCGCAGUGCACGGUGUGCCCUCCCGGCGAAUACAAAUCGACGGUGGAGAACGCACUGUGUAGCCGCUGUGCCAGCGACAAGACCUCCAUGCAGGCCGCUACGUCCGUCCUCGACUGCAGCUGUCGGCCGGGCCUGGCGGCUGAGGGCAGCCUCUGCCGGGAUUGCGAGGCGGGCUUUUUCUGUCCGGGCAUUGGCGAAGAGCGGCAGUGCCCAGAGGGCGCCACCUCGCGAGCCCGCUCCGAGCAGCAGGCAGACUGCAGCUGCCUCCCGGGUUUUUACUUCCGUCCGGACGGGUCCUGCUGGCCUUGUCCCGAGGGCUUCUACAAGGAGGGCGAGGGCAAUGAUGCCUUCUGUCCCCGCCAGUGCCCCACAAACUCCAACAGCACAGCUGGUUCCACUAGCCCGUUGAAUUGCUUCUGUGAUCCAGACUACUACGCGGAAGUCCACACCUCGGGGUUCAUCAUAAGAUGCAUUGAUUGCUCAAUUCUUCCAAACAUGCGUUGCCUCGGUGGUCUUGAAGACUCACGGCUCUUGAAUGAGACGGGCUCCCACUCCAUCCCAGUGGCCAAGGAAGGAUUCUUCCAGACAGGAAAGGCCACGGCCAUAAAGUGCCGGGUGCGCACUGCUGAGGGCGACAGCGCCUGCAUGGGCAGUCAGCCUGUGAGAGAUCCGUGCCUGAACGGCUCAAGCACCUCAUCGUGCACCGAGUUGGACGGAUUGGGGAACCGAUGUGCUUCAGGCUCCCAGGGGAUGCUUUGUGGCGAGUGCCCUGUGGGCUGGGCGCGGGCUAGCUUCCAGGCCCCAUGCCAGCAAUGCCAAAGCUCCGAGCUCACCCUUCUCUUCUCCGUGCUUUUUGACAUUUCUUCGAAGGCCGCCCUCAACUUCAUUGUGGCCUCCAUGGCAGCCACCGCGGCCGUGCGGGGCAGCGGGAAGCUGCACACGUCGCUCAUUCGUAUCGCCAUUCAGUGGUUCGCUGCCUGCUCUGUGAUCCAAGUCUUCGAUUUAGACCAACUUCGGGUCUUGGCCUUCGAGCCGCCCUCUGGAGCGGGCCCAGCUGCAGUUCUUCCCUGGCCUCCUUGGGUACAAGAUGCCCUCCGGGACGUGCUGGCCUUCUUCUCCAUGGUCCAGCUCCAGCUGUCGGUUCAGUUCUCCUUGCACUGCGUCGCGGCGGCUUCCUUCCCCAGCAAGCCCUCGGAGGCCCAGAACGAGGCCUUGGCCAUCUACUUCCUCUGCCUACCCGUCUUCACCACCCUGGCAACCGUGGCCCUCUGUGCCCUGGGAGUCUACGUGCUGGUGCCCUUGGCCAAGCUCCAAGGCUUCGCCUUCAACCGCGUGGAGAAGAGGAAGGUCAUGCAGAAGCUCCGGGAUGCCAUGGAGCCCACGCUGAAGGCCUGCGGUCUAAGCUGGGAGGAGGUCGAGGACUCCGGGAUGCUCGAGGUGAGCCUGGCAGGUUUGCAGGAG